GAGAGAAGGGGGAGACCUGCAGACUGGAUGUAGUGAUGUUGUCUCUGCUGUUGUCAGUGAUGUGAGGAUGUGAAGAGACGACAAGGAGCUGAUGAGGAGUCGUUUCUCUCCUGGACACGUUUAUUCAUCUUCUGCAGCUCUGGAGACCCGGUGGCUUUCUGCCUGUUGAGAUGAUCCAGUAGGAGACUCGGAGAACAGGGGUUCAUGCUGAUGAAAUUGAUCUGCUCAGUGAGCUCCAACCAGAGCCAUGGGGAGUACCCAGACUGCCGCGGGAGUGAGAGGGAGUCGGGAGGGGAGGCGUCUCUCCUGGUGUCUCCGCUGGUGGUGGCGGGGAUCGUUAUAGGUCUGGUCCUCUUCCUCUCCUGCAUCACCAUCAUCGUCGGCAGCCUGCGCAAAGACAGCCGCCUCCGCAACCCUCACCUGCAAGCUAGCUACGGACCAGAUGGUUUCUCUUACGGAGGUUCGGUGGGAGAACUGAGGUCGACCUGCUUGGAGGACUUUCCUCCUGGUUUGGACUUUGACUCGUACAGAGAGACGCUGUCGCAGGUCAACAUUUACCCGGACUCACCUCCACGCUACGACGAGUGCAUCGGCCCAGGUGUGACUCACAUCUACCUCCCCACAGAUGACCCUCCUCCUUACUCCCUGUUCGACCCCUGCCAGCGAGGGCCGGAGCAGGAGGAGCAGGAGGAGCAGGAGGAGCAGGAGGAGCAGCCCGGCCGCACCAGCCCGGAUCCUUCUCCGCACUGGGGAGAGACCUCAGCCAGUGCCGGCUGGUUCUCCCCCUCCCACUACCCACUGGGACUGCAGGAGCAUCAACACGUCUCAUCCAUCUCCUUCCCCCUGGAGGCAGCGCCGCCUUAUGAGGCCGCGCUGGCCGAGCAGGGAGGCCCCCUCCCUCUCAUGCCAUGUGACCUUUCUAAACACCAGUCACACCGGGGGGACGAUGGCGCCUCCCAGCAACCGGAGACGAGCCACAUCUUGUAGGACGCUUGAUUUGUUUCUUUCACCUGCGCUGCUGCUUGUCCCCGGUUGGAGAAAAACAACACUUGUGGUGUGAGGCACAAAAUGGCGGUCGCAGGAGCAGCUGUGACACCAAACGAUGGAGACUAAUGAGAUGCACACAUCUGCCACACAGCUGCUAACACCUGAUGAGCGUCAGCGUCUCAGUGGACGGACACUCCGCCAGUGGACAAAAAACUCACAACUUAUUGUGUUGAACUUUCUGAAACGACUCAAACUUCAUCCCAGUGACGCUGUUCUGGACAAUUACUCCAUCUGGUUGUGUCACUGUUGUGUAGUUCCUAGUUUGCUUGUUUUUAAGAUAGAGUACAAAAGGGCCACGUUGAAGAAAAGAGAACUGGAGAUUUGGAGAAUAAAGUCGAAAUAUUAUGAGAAUAGAGUUUUAACAUAAUGAGAAAAAAGUCAUAAUAUUACGAGAAACCUUCCUUACUAUUUAUCACCUAAAAUAAAAAACAUGUUCUCUUUAUACUACGACUUGGUUCUGAUAAAACUUUUUCCUCGUAACAAUGCUACUUUAUUCUUAUAAGAUUAGAACAUUAUUUUCCUAAUAUAAUGAUAUAUAUUUCUUCCUAAUAUUUCCUAUCAGAUACGACUUCAUUCUUGCAAUAUUACAAAUUUCUCUUAAAUUACGACUUAAUUCUCGAAAUCUCACAUAAUUUUUUUUUAACAUGGCCAGAUUUUUUAAAAAGGUUUGGACUGUUAAUAGUUUUUAUUGUUAUGAAUAUUAGAGCAGUCACAUGUCACGUUUGGAUUUUAGGCUGAAUUCCUUCUUACGAAACUUUGUAAUCAUCGUUCUGUGUAGAUGAAAGUGAAGCUGACUUCGUAGAGUGUGAACAAUGUCAGUGUGGUUUGUGUAGUUUAAGGUGUAAUAAGCACACAGUGUCCCCCCCCCCCCGUCCUGUUCCUUAUGGUAUGAUCCUCACGUAUCCGUAAAGCCUCCUUACACCAAUAACUCUCGUCUGUGUCGUGUUUAGAGGGUAAAAGUUACAUCUAUAGAGAAAUAAUCCAAACUAUUUCCCCAGUCAAUGGCACU